AUGUCUAAGGCCAAUUAUGCAAUUGAAGAACGUAUAUUAUCGAGGAUUAAUAAUGAAAUUGGCAGCGAUUUCAAAAAACUACACAGAGCAUCGUUGCUGGUUGAAGACUACAAGUCUCGUUUGGAAAAACUACGGGAAAAGCUUAGCUAUGAAGAGCCCAAUAAUGUUUCCAGUUUCAAAUCGGCCUUUGAAUGUGAGAAACAAACUUGUGAUACCAUAGACUUCCAAAUGACCAAAUUGCAGGAGUUUGGUAAAAAACUUGCUGAACGCAUCAGAGAGUCGAAUAAGGCAUUGUCUGCUGUUAAGCCGGAUUUAGAAGAAGUCCGAAAAUUGCAGCAGUUGGUUCAAUAUUUGCGUAUUGUGCAGGAUAUACAGGAAAUCAGUAACGCCCUGACACAAUGUAUAAAUGGUAAAGAUGAGGCUAAAAUGGUUAAUCUUUAUCUGAAUUUAUACGAAGAAGGUGAUUUUGAGCACAGUGUUGUUGGUCGACUUAGCUCUGUGGAAGCUCCAUUUCUUAGAACAUUUGCCACACAAACUGCUAUUCAUUGGCAUGGUUUACUAAAAGAGAGAUUUGCCAAAGAAUUUGAAAAUGUUUUAAAAUCGUUAAAAUGGGGACAAAAAGAGCAAGAUUCGCUAUUAAUUAAACCAUCAGUUGAUAACAUAAACAAAGCACAAUUAUUAGCUGAAUAUUUAUUUUUGUUAAAAUCUCCAGCUGAAGAAACUGAACAACUGGAAAUGCUUACGCCUAGCAUUAUAUGCCAGCCCUUGUCGACAGUAACUAAAUAUUUAGUGGCCCCCUACAGGCAACGAUUCAUGUAUCACUUCACAGGUGUUAAGCAAACAAAUCGCCUCGACAAACCAGAAUGGUUUUUUACACAAAUCUUAAAUUGGGGUAAAGAGACACAUUUGUUUAUUGGCAAAACAUUCCAAACAUCCGCAGUUAAAGCAGGAAAGCUGGAUUUCAAUAUCAGGUUGGAGUUUAUGCGCGGCUUAGUUCAAUUGACCAUUGAAAAACUAAUAGCUGACAUUGAGGAAAUAAGCCGCGAUGAAAAUCUGUUUGCUCAUCUAUUAGAUGAAACAUUAGCAUUUGAAGCGGAGUUAAGAGAAAACUUUGGUUAUCCAGCCAGCUUUCCCAGUGCCAUAUGUGUGAUUACACAACCGGUGUAUUUACUCAAAUGGAUAUCGUUGGAAGAAAGAUUUUGUUCCGAAAAAAUGGAUAUGAUUCUGCAGGCAGAAAAUCCUUGGCUUCUGAUUGAUCCCAAUAUCUAUGAUGAUGAAUUAAAAAUUCCCAAAUGUGCAGAUCAAUUUAUACGACUGCUAGAGGCCAUAAAAGAUCGUUAUUAUUCCUUAAUACAACCGGGGCACCAAUUACAAUUUUUAAGUUUACAACUUGAAUUGAUAGAUAAUUUUCGACGACGCCUAGUUCAACUUCAUAGCAGCGGUAUGGUGGAGAGCAUACCCAUAUUAAAUGCAAUUAAUUACAUUAAAAUGGUGUUAAGUGAGUGGGGUGAAAAUGUCCAUUAUCUACAUUUACACGCAGCCUUGGUUGGACCCAAUGCUGAAGAAAUCAAUUCGGUAUUUGAAAAUCCAGUUUCCGAACUUGAACAUUGGACCGAAAAACUAUUGAAAAAUCUAGCCACAAAAGCCGUCAAUGAAAUAAAGGCCAAGUCAAUGCCCUACAGACACGAUUGUUGGCCCACCAUGCCAGAUCAAAAUAAUAAAGAGCCAUUUAUAUUAUCACCAAGUGCCGGAGAAAUGUUUCAAGUGAUGGUAACUGUUCUACACAAUUUGGAACGGGAAUUGUCAGCGAAUCUAUUCAAUAUUACAUUGAGAUUAAUAGCUCAGCAAAUUGAUGCAUAUAUGCUGGAUAGUAUGAUCAUGAAUACGAAAUUUUCUCCAGCAGGUGCAGCUCAAUUUAAUUAUGAUAUGACACGUAAUUUAUUUGCAUUAUUUGGUCAAUAUUGCAGAAGGCCUGAUUUAUUAUUCAAGAGAAUCCAUGAUGCUAAUAAGUUGUUAAAUGCUGCUCUUGGCACUGCAAUGUUAUUACAUGAGACACUGCAAAGUGAAGAUACAUCGUUGGAGGACAAAAUGAAGUCAUUAAAAGAGUUGGGAAUUGUAAAUUUCAAACCAAAAACAUGUGUUGAGGUCUUAGAAAGGCGAACAGAUAUAAGAGCGUUUUAA